UAUUAAAUAAAAUGAAACGGAACCAAAUUUUUUUUUGUCAAGAUCCGGACCGCCAAGCCGGCUCAGAUCCAAAGAGAGCGAAGCUCCAAAUCCAACCCGACCCGGAUUCUAAAACACACGGAUUUGUCUACGAAGCAUGCGAUUCAAGGUGCGAUCUUCUUCUCUUUGUGAAGCGCUACUGCCCGUAUCCGCACCGUCGUCCAUUUCAUUGCCUUCGCCUGCCACGUUGUCGUCGCCUGCGUCACUGUCGUCGACCGCAACCUCGCCCACCCCUGUGUCGUGGUACUUGCCUUCCCUGCCGCCGUCGCCUGCGCCUCUGUUUUCGUCCACCACGCCGUCGUAUCCUGCAUCACCGUUGUCGCUUGAAGUCCGAACCUGCCGACAUUGAAACUUCGCGUCGAGUUUCAAUGAAGCUUCGCGCUUAUCGCCCGGCCUGAACGAAGUGAUUUGUUCCCUCUCUUCCUGCGCCGCCGGAGAACGGAACCAAUUAUAAACCUACAAGAACAUCUACAUGGUAGUAAAAAUCAUGAAAAUAAACCCAACAAGCAGCCCAAUAAAAAGGCCAACGUAUAAGCCCAAUAAACCACUUACCUCCGUGAAUUCAACGUUGAAGGCACCAGGAAAAAAUUAAUAAAAACCCUAACCCCAAUUCACCAGAAUCAGAAUCGUCGACCUCUUUGUUCAUCAUAAUUUAACUCUUUAGGGUUUUUUAUCUUUAUGUUGUUUACAGGGAUUCAUUGUUCCUGACUAUGGAGGUAGAAUGUGUGGCGGAGUUGGACCCUAUUCGAUGACUGAUAAGUAUAGGCAGAAACUUGUGAAGGAUAUGAUUCAGAAAAGCUUGCGAAUCUACAAUCGCAAAAAUGUGAAUUUUGAGUUUGAUAAGCUUGUCAGCGUUAAUGCUGGUGCUGUUGCUGGCCUUAUGUUUUACAUUACUUUCAAUGCACGCUCUGGUGAUGAUGCACCUCAAACCUUUUACAGCAAAGUAUGGAAAACAUUCAAUGGCUAUAUCAAAGUCCAGUUCUGUGUGAUUGGAAGUUGGUACAUCUCAGGAUGCUGGUACAUCUCAGGAUGCUGGUACAUCUCAGGAUGCUGGUACUUUUCAGGCCUAAGUUGUGGAAUCUGAGUUUAGGUUCAUGUUCUAUUUGUGUGUAUAUGGUUUCUUCACGAAGGAAAACUCUGAUGUUAUAUAAUUUCAAUACUCAUGAAAUAGUGCAGUGUGUAUUAGCACAAUGAUAGACAUAACUGACAACUGAUGAGCACUGUUUACAGAAUUUAUGGAAUUUGUUAGUGUUCUAGCUUCUAUCAUUAACUUAGCUCCAUUAAUAUAAUUUUCGAUUUGUGAA